AACUAGCCGCUGGAACGUGUUGUUUGACAUUUUAGGGUUGCGAACUUCUGUGAUAAAAAAUGUCUAUUUUAGCGAGCCCUUUGUCCGUUGCCGGCACCAGAAGCAGCGGAGCCCCGGUUCGCACACAAAAUGUGAUGGCCGCAGCCACCAUUGCCAACAUAGUGAAGAGUUCUUUGGGGCCAGUUGGACUAGACAAAAUGUUGGUUGAUGAUAUCGGAGAUGUGACAGUGACAAAUGACGGUGCCACUAUUUUGAGGCUUCUGGAGGUCGAGCACCCAGCAGCAAGGGUUUUAGUUGAGCUGGCUCAAUUGCAAGAUGAAGAAGUUGGCGAUGGAACCACAUCCGUUGUUAUUAUUGCUGCUGAAUUGUUAAAGAACGCCGACGAGCUGGUAAAACAAAAGAUCCACCCGACGUCGAUAAUCGGCGGGUACCGUUUGGCGUGCAAGGAGGCGAUCCGCUUCAUCCAGGACAACCUCACCAUCCCCGUGGACGAGUUGGGGCGCGAGUGCCUGAUAAACGUGGCCAAAACCUCGAUGAGCUCUAAAAUCAUCGGCUCCGAUGCCGAUCUGUUCUCGACCAUGGUCGUGGACGCCGCUCAGGCGGUCAAGAUCCAGGACCCGAAAGGCCAGGCCAUGUACCCCAUCAAGGCGGUCAACAUCCUCAAGGCGCACGGCAGAAGUGCGAGGGAGAGCGUCUUGGUGCAGGGUUACGCGCUGAACUGCACCGUCGCCAGCCAGGCCAUGCCCAAGAAGAUCGCCAACGCGAAGAUCGCGUGCCUGGACUUUUCGCUGCAAAAGUCCAAGAUGAAGUUGGGCGUGCAGGUUCUGAUCAGCGACCCGGACAAGUUGGAGGGCAUCAGGAACCGCGAGCUGGACAUGACGAAGGAGCGCAUCGAGAAGAUCCUGGCGACGGGCGUGAACGUCGUCCUGGUUUCCGGCGGCAUCGACGACCUCUGCCUCAAGUAUUUCGUCGAGAAGAACGCCAUGGCCGUUCGCAGGGUCAAGAAGGUCGACCUCAAGCGCAUCGCCAAAGCCACCGGGGCCGCUUAUCUCACAUCCUUAACCAACAUGGAUGGUGAUGAAACUUUCGACAGCAGUAUGGUUGGUGAAGCGGCCGAAGUAACUCAGGAGAGAAUCUGCGAUGAUGAGUUGAUCAUUAUUAAAAAGCCAAAGGCCCGCACCGCGGCCUCUAUAAUCCUGCGCGGCCCCAACGACUUCUACUGCGACGAGAUGGAGCGUUCGGUGCACGACGCGUUGUGCGUCGUGAAGCGCGUGCUGGAAUCGAAAUCCGUGGUGGUGGGGGGCGGCAGCGUCGAGGCCGCCCUCUCGAUCUACCUCGAGAACUUCGCCACCACGAUCUCGUCGCGCGAGCAGCUGGCCAUCGCAGAGUUCGCCAGGAGUCUGCUCGUCAUCCCCAAGACGUUGGCCGUGAACGCGGCGCAGGACGCCACCGAUCUAGUGGCCGUGCUCAGGGCCUACCAGAACAUGUACAUCACCAAGGACGGCAACCAGCACCUCAAGUACUACGGCUUGGACCUGAUUGGCGGACAGGUGAGGGACAACAAGAAGGCGGGGGUUCUGGAGCCGACCAUCUCGAAAAUCAAGUCGCUCAAGUUCGCCACGGAGGCCGCGAUCACGAUUUUGAGGAUCGACGACAUGAUCAAACUGGACGCGGAACAAAAGGGGGGCAGGAGUUACCAGCAGGCCAUGCAAGCCGGGGAUUUUGAUUAAUUUAUAAUCUCCCCAACGCUUUAUUAAAUACCUAAUAACUUUUUUAUUUUUUAGUGGGUGCACCCACCCACUUAUCAUACUUAUAUCCAAAGUAUUUACGCAUUUGUCACUAAUCAUUACUUUUUUUAAAUAAAUGUUUUCAUCACCGUUU